CUAUUUAUAUCGUCUCUGUCUUCAUCUCCAUGUAUUUCUUGAUUGUUUGCCUUUUGGCGGUGCAUGGUGGUUUAUAGGAGAGAUGAAGUUCUGUAAAAGAUAUCAAGAGUACAUGCAGAAGCAGGAAAUCCAACACCUUCCUGGAGUUGGGUUCAAGAGAUUCAAGAAGAUCCUCAAGAAGUGCAGGGAGGAACACCAGUCUAACAGAAAAAGCAAUAAUGGUCUCCUUGUCUCCACUUCGUCUUCAUCUUCAUCAUCAACUUCUUCUCAUUGCCCAGUGUGUGAUGGUACUUUUUUCCCAACUCUUCUCAAGGAAAUGUCUUCAAUAUCCUGCAGCUUUAAUACCCGAGCUAAAAAGCUGCUUGAGUUGCAUAUGGCUACAGGUGUUCAUAAGUAUUUAAUAUGGUUCAGGAAUAAGUGUCAAGGCAAUAAUAUAUCUUUAGUAGAAGAAGGAAAGGACUUGGUAACCUAUGCUACAGUUAAUGCCAUUGCCAUCAGAAAGAUUCUUAAGAAAUAUGACAAGAUUCACCACUCUAAGCAAGGUCAAGCUUUCAGACUACAAGCUCGGAGUAUGUCAAUUGAGAUACUUCAAUCCCCAUGGCUUAAUGAGCUUAUUGCUUUCUAUAUAAACUUGAGGGAGACCAAAUCCAGCAUGAGGACCAUCCCUGGAUUGCUGGAAGAAUGUGCUGUCACUUUUGAUCAAGGAAAACCAUCUCUUUCAUGUGUACUGUUCGAGUCCUUGCGGCUGGAGAUUGACCUCACAUGUUCAAUAUGCUUGGAAACUGUUUUUGAUGCGGUCUCACUCACAUGCAGUCACAUCUUGUGCUAUAUGUGUGCAUGUUCAGCUGCAUCAGUAACCAUCGUGGAUGGCCUAAAAGCAGCUAAUCCGAAGGCAAAAUGUCCUCUCUGCAGGAAGGCAAGUGUUUAUGAAUGCGCUGUUCACUUGGAUGAAUUAAACAUUUUACUGAAGAGAAGCUGCCCAGAGUACUGGCGUGAGCGUCAGCAAUCAGAAAGGAGAGAACGAGUCCAACAAGCAAAAAAGCAUUGGGAGAAUCAGUGUCGUGCAUUCAUGGGGAUAUAAGUACUUGUGAGUCUCAUCUGCAAGCGAUCAGCAGAACUAAAUGAAGAUAAUCCCAUUGCAGUUUUACUGUGAAAACCACUGUAGGUAGAAACAUGAAGAUUGCAUUUAUUGUAAUAAUGAUCUGCCACUGUUUUUCUGUUCCUUCUGCAUGUUGUGUGUCAGAUGAAUGUGGGUACAGAUAUUUCUUUGCUUUUGUUCAGUAAAAAGAGGAAAUUGAAUUGGAUUGACAGGCUGCCAAUUCAAUGAAUCGGCCCAGUAAGCAAUUCAGCUGAAUUGGUUGUAAAUUGGCAAAAAAAUAUUAUAGUACUCUUUUAUUGAAUAAAAUAAAUGGAAGAAAUAAAACAGUGAACAA